AUUUCUGAGAAAAAAAAAAAGAAAAUUAAAAAAAAAAAAAAAAAAAACCCAAGCGGGGGAGAGGGAUCGAUCGAUAAAGGGUUCUAUUUAUUUAUUUAAUUAUUUUCGAAAUUAGCAAAAUUCGACAAGAAGGAAUUUAAAGAGUAAGCAGAAAAAUGAAUUGAAAUUGCAGAAAUGGGGAUUCUGUAGAGAGAGAAGAGGAAGAGAAGAACAAAGUGUAGUUGAAUGCGUGAGAGAGAGAGGAAGAGAAUGCUACUACCCAUCUAUUUCUUCCACUUUCUCCACUUCCAAACAGGUUAGACUUCUCUCUCUCUCUCUCUCUCUCUCUCUCUCUCUCUGCUGCAUCAAUUUGUCGUUCAAUUUGAAAAUCCGUUAAAGUGAAAGUUCUGAGCUCUAGAGGGUUGCGGGCUGAUCUCUAACAAGUUCAGAAUAAUAAACUCUGCUCUUAGCUUCUUUCUAAUUUGAAUGAAAGGAGGACUUUUGGUUCAGUUACAUUGAGGUUAUCAUUACAAAUUUGGCAAGUUGUAGUUGGAGGAAUAAAGGGUUUUGUGAAGUUACAAACUCUAAUUAUGAAGAUGACCAGGGCUUUGAUUUGUUUUCGCAAAUUGAACUUUUGGGAGGGAGAGUUGUAGUCUCCACCGUCUGUUGAACUCUCAGACGUGUUGAAUUCUGUAUCGGCAUUGAUGGGUUUUCUCGAAGUUAUGGUCAUGUUCUUUUUAGGGUUGUGGAAAAUGGGAUUUUGGAAACAGAGUGAAAUAGUGGUAAUUAGUUAGGGUUUUAAGUUUACUAUUUUGUGUACUGUUGUUGUUGACUAUGUUGUGAGAAAUGCAACGGUGGAAUCAGCCUUCGCGGGUAAAUCUAGCGGAGUUGAAAACUCAGAUAGUCAAGAAAAUUGGGGUGGAUAGGACAAAAUUGUACUUCUAUUAUUUGAAUAAGUUCUUGAACUUGAAGCUGAGUAAGGUUGAGUUCAAUAAGCUAUGUUUUCGGAUUCUUGGAAGAGAGAAUAUUCCAUUACAUAAUCAAUUUAUAUGUUCAAUUUUGAAAAAUGCUUGUAAUGCCAAAAUCUCACCGCCAUUGAAUCAUGAUAAGGAGGUUCCAAAAUUUACAAGUGAUGGGUCCCACAUUUUUCCAAAUGGGAAGGCAGAUUUUGGUUCUCAUCGUUCAAGCAUUACAGAAGAUGACAUAGCUUCAGAAGAUGGCGUACCAAAGCUGGUGCAGCAUCAUCAAGUACUCUUGAAAAAAGCAGACACAGAAGGGGAGGUUUUAUUUCACCACCCGACCAAAUUACUGCUUUCACAACAGUCAACAGAUGGUUUGUUUUCUGUACAAAAUAAAGAACAAAGUGAAGUAUCUGUAGUUGAAGACAGAAAAGAGUUAUCUGCUGUAAGUUCACUUGUGGCUCCACUUGGAAUUCCAUUUUGCAGUGUAAGUGUGGGUGGUGCCCGCAAACCUUUGCUUUUAGCAAGCAAUGAUAGAUGCACUAGUCCAUAUGAUAAUGGUGGAUUGCUGGACUCACAGUUGCUUAGAGAAAGAAUGCAACAAAUUGCUGCAGCACAGGGCCUUGAUGAGGUGUCAGUGGACUCUGCCAAUUUGCUGAACCAAUGUAUAGACCUUUACUUAAAAGGGUUGAUCAAGUCUUGUGUUGAACUUGUGGGUGCAAGGCAUGAAUGUGAUUUGAUGACAAAAAAUAGCCACAAGCACAAUUCUCAUACUAAGGUGGUUAAUGGGUUUUUGCCAGGCCAUCAUAUGCAGCUGCAAAAUAGCAGUAGACUCUCAGAUGGAAUGCAAGAACAGAGAUCCCACUUUUCAAUAUCUUUGCUGGAUUUCAAAGUUGCUAUGGAGCUUAACCCACAGCAGCUUGGAGAAGACUGGCCAUUGCUGCUGGAGAAAAUUACUCAUGUAAUUGAAGAAUAAAAAGUUGUCUUCUGCUGGAGAAAAUUACUCAAAUGACUCGAUCAACACCAUUUCAUAACAUUAUGAAUCAGUUUCCUGCUCUCAGAUUAAAUUCUACCCCUUACAAGAUGAAAGUAAAUCAGAGCAGGAGAUUCUCCUGCAUUUGAGCUUCUUGUUGAUUUAGUGUACCACAUUCACAGCAACUAAUUAAAAGGUACACAAAGAAAACAAUGUCUAUGUUUGGUUGCUCUGUUGUAUUUUAGCAUAGUUUUCAGCAUUUUCUGUAAUUUAUAAUUAUAGUUGAUAAGGAGAAAUUUUUAGAAACAGUUUUGCAGGAAUAACUUGUCUAGCUUGUAGGAAGGUAAAAAGUUGCAUGUGUAAAAUUCCUGUAUAUUUAUUUUCUACACUUGGAAUUGCUGAGAUCUUGGUGUUAAUAAGUUAUGAAAUGCUGAUUUUUUCUGCUGA